AGUGCGAAAAUUGCAUGACGCAAUAAGAGUAAAUGGUUAAUCACUUUGAAGCACUCUCACUUGCUGGCAAGCAGUAUGAUAAGCGUGUUUAUAAAAGGCAACGCAAACGUUGGCGGCUUUUCAAUUGUAUUUCAGACAUAUCGCCAAGCACAUAUGGAAUUUUUUAAGCAAAUAUAAUAUAUUAAAUUAAAGAAAUUCUGCAAUAGUUUGUAUGAAAGCAAAGUUAAUUAAAAAUAAAAGAUUUGUUAAGUAUAAUGUGUGGCAUAUUUGCGAUAUUUUCAAGAGAUGGCCAACCCUUGGCGCCAAAAGUUUACCACGGCAGCAUGCAUACUGCGCGCGAAAUAGCCUACCGACAAAGUGGCAAGCAACGACACCGCGGUCCGGAUGACACAGGUGUCAAGGUGCUUCCCGAGGACGGCGUAGUAUUGAUACAUGAACGUCUAGCGGUUAUAUGCGUACACACUGGUCAUCAACCAUUAGUUUCGGAAAGCGGCAAUACACUGGUGGUGGCGAAUGGUGAAAUUUACAACUACCUUGAACAAUCAGCGGAAAUAGCAAAGAAGCGUGGACAUUACAAGCCCAAAAGUGAUUGCAAUGUGAUUGGUGAAUUGUAUGAGAUCUACGGCGAGCAUCUGUUGGAGUACAUCACUGGUAUGUUUGCUUUUGUGCUCUACGAUAAACGCACGAAAAAUAUACUCAUCGCGCGUGAUCCUUUCGGCAUAAUACCGUUGUAUAUUGGUGAGGAUGUGGAUGGUAAUAUAUGGGUUGCUUCAGAGAUGAAAUGCCUUGUAGAGUUUUGCCCGAAACUGGAACUGUUUACACCAGGUGAACUGCGUGUAGGCCCAGCAAAUAACCUCCAGCGUAAGAAAUAUUUCAAGGAGUCAUGGAUCGAACAUAUACCCACACAAGAGGUGGACUUGUCAAUACUGCGCUCUAAAUUCGAGUCGGCUGUGCGCUCACAUUUGCAGUGCGAUGUGCCGUUUGGGGCGCUGCUUUCAGGCGGGGUCGAUUCCAGCCUAGUAGCUUCGAUUGCAACAAAACUACGCCGUGAAAGUGAUCCAAACUAUCGGUUAAAAACUUUUUCGGUAGGUCUGUGCAAUGCGCCUGAUUUUAAGGCGGCGAAGUUGGUUGCUGACUAUAUUGGCAGUGAUCAUACUGAAAUAGUUUUCGAAAUAGAAGAUGCUUUAGACGGCAUACGUGAUAUCAUCUACCACUUGGAGACAUAUGAUGUGACAACCGUGCGCUGUAGUUUACCAAUGCUGAUACUGGCGCGUUAUAUCAAAAGUACUGGCAUUAAAAUGAUACUAUCUGGAGAAGGGGCUGACGAAAUAUUCGGCGGAUAUUUAUAUUUCUUUAAGGCGCCAAAUACUGAAGAAUUCCACAAAGAGCUGGUGAAGCGUGUCGAACAAAUCAACGUGUCCGACUGCCUGCGUGCCAAUAAAGUGACGAUGGCCAAAGGCUUGGAACUGCGUGUGCCCUUCCUCGACACAUCCUUUGUAAACUAUGUGAUGUCAAUACGCCCGGAUAAUAAAAUACCAGGCGAUCUCAACUGUUUGGGUAAUCAGACAAAGUAUCGCAUUGAGAAACAUAUUCUACGUGCUACGUUCGCCAACAAUUACCUGCCGAACGAAGUGCUGUGGCGACAAAAGGAGCAAUUUUCCGACGGUGUGGGCUAUGAAUGGAUUGACAGCAUACGCCGUGUGGCGACCUCACACAUUACUGAUGAGCAAUUCGCGACAGCCGCCGAACGUUUCCCCAUUAACACACCGACCACGAAAGAAGCUUUCUAUUACCGUACAAUUUUCGAGGAGCAAUUCCCUGGCGAAGCAGCAGCGCAAACCGUGAAGCGUUGGGUGCCACGUUUGGAUUGGGGUUGCCCCGAAGAUCCAUCUGGGCGCGCACAAGCUGUUCACCAAGUACACCACUGAGGUGCAGGAGCAAAGAGUGAAGACUGAACGCUAACAAGCGUUAUCUACAGACGUCGUGGCGGCUGCAAUUCCUAUUGUUUUGUUUUUACAAUAUUUUGUUUUUACUUGCAGUACAAUAGAAGUAAUUUUAAAUAUAUGCAUAUAUAAUAUACAUACAUACAUACAUACAUACAUAUGUUUGGUGUGCAUAUUACCGUCGUGAAUAUGCCGCUUUUAUAAAUAUUGUAAACUUGCAGACACCCGGCUUUUUUGUAUAUAAAUUUAGUAUUGAUUAUAGUUUUGCCUAUAAAUAAAUUGCUAUAAAUUCA